GAUAACAGGACAUACUGGUUGGUGUCAAAGACAACGCAAUAAGCUAAUAGGGACAAAGUCCCAAUCAUAGACACUGUAUCCAACAGGUACAAUUCUUUCCAGUGUCAGCAAUAUUGAGAAAGGUGAUUAUUCUACAUUCUAGUGAACUAAAGCAUAUGAAGAAGUGCUCUCUUUGUUAAAUUUUUACCUCAAAAAGAAGAAAGUGGCACACAGCUUUAUCAGGUGUACCCUACAAGGAUAUUUCCAUGCCACUCUUAUGUACUGGCCACUGAUUCACAUCUUAAAUUACUGGAUGUCAUCUUGAUUUAAAAACAUAUGUGAAAGGAAAGACCAAAAGAAAACCAGCCAUGAAGCCUUCUACACCUCUUCAACUCAUCUUGUUUGUCAUUCUUGGAGUUACUAAGGCUGCCAAAAUUCUUACUGUGCCACCAAUAAUGUUUGAAAGCCAUCUAUAUAUAUUCAAAACUCUGGCCUCAGCUCUUCACGAACAAGGUCAUCAAACUGUAUUCCUUGUAUCUGAAGGAAGGGACAUCCCACCAUCCAGUCAUUAUCAGAUGCAGCGUUACCCAGGAAUUUUUAACAGUACCACAUCAGACAAUUUUCUGCAGUCCAAAAUGCAAAACAUUUUUUCUGGUAGAUUCACUGCAUUGGAGCUGUUUGACAUUCUUGAUCAUUAUUCCAAAAACUGUGAUCUCAUGGUGGGCAACCAAGAGCUUAUGCAACACUUAAAACAACAAAACUUUGAUUUGCUGCUGAUUGAUCCAAAUGAGAUGUGUGGAUUUGUUAUAGCCAACAUUUUGAAUAUUAAGUAUGCUGUUCUUUCUACAGGAUUAUGGUAUCCAGCUGAAGUUGGUGCGCCGGCUCCUUUAGCUUAUGUUCCAGAAUUUAACUCACUUCUCACAGAUCGAAUGACCCUGCUGGACAGGAUUAAAAAUACCAUUGUUUAUGUUAUGUCUCGGCUUGGAGUUAAAUAUCUAGUUCUACCAAAAUAUGAAAAAAUAAUGGAAAAACAUAACAUUUUGCCAACAAGGUCAAUGUAUGAAUUAAUCCAAGGAUCUAGCCUAUGGAUGCUCUGCACUGAUGUAGCAUUGGAAUUCCCAAGACCUACACUACCACAUGUGGUCUACGUUGGAGGACUCCUCACUAAGCCAGCCAAUCCUCUACCCCAAGAUCUCCAAACUUGGGCAGACAGUGUGGAUGAGAAUGGUUUUAUUCUGGUUUCUUUUGGAGCUGGUGUAAAAUAUUUGUCAGAAGACAUUGCACAUAAAUUAGCCGGCGCCCUUGCAAAAUUACCUCAGAAAGUGAUAUGGCGGUUUUCUGGGAACAACCCCAGAAAUCUAGGAAACAACACAAAACUUGUGGAAUGGCUACCUCAAAAUGAUUUACUUGGUCUUCCUAAAAUUAAGACAUUCCUUACUCACGGAGGUCUGAACAGUAUAUUCGAAGCCAUUUACCAUGGAGUUCCAGUGGUAGGAAUUCCAUUAUUUGGUGACCAUUAUGAUACAAUGACUCGUGUACAUGCCAAAGGCAUGGGCAUUCUUCUUGAGUGGAAAAAGAUGACAGAGGAUACUCUCUUUGAGUCACUUAAGGAAGUUAUUCAUAAUCCAAGAUACCAACAACAGGUGCUCAAGCUUUCUAAAAUUCACAAAGAUCAACCAGGACAUCCUGUCAGCAGAGCCACCUAUUGGAUAAAUUAUAUAAUCCGUCAUGAAGGAGCUGAACAUCUUCAUGCUGCUGUUUCUGAUCUACCUUUUUAUCAGUACUUCUUACUGGACAUUGCAUUGCUUGCGGUUUUGGCCAUUAUCAUGGCAUGGUAUUUCUUUUUAAAGUUGAUUAAAUACGUGAUGAAGAACAGUGGCAGUACAGAACACAGCAGCCUCAAUGGAUUUUGCCAUAAUGGCAUUGCCAAUGGAAAGCACAGGAAAAAUGGGCACAUCAAGCAUGAGAAGAAGAUUAAGUGAAUUAGAAUGAUGUUAUAUAAGUGAAUAUUUGAAGCUAUGUCACCAUAACUCCCUUUUUUAACAAUUUGUUGUGUUAAUGAAGUCUUAACUGAAUCGUGGCAAAGAAAACUUGAUCACAAACAGUAUGUUUAGAAUGUUUUAGCUAUAAAACACUUCAGUUCUAAAGACUGAUACUAUGUGAUUCAAUUUUAACCCACUGUUUUCUAGAUUGCCUCUGUACUAAGGUUAGAGAAUUUUUUUUAAAAAAAGUUUGUAAA